CCGGAAGCUCCUGGGACACUCAGACAUGAGCCAGACACACCUGUUCUCCCGGCACCUGCCCCGGAGCCUUCCUGAUGCGAGGGAGGCUGUCCAGGGACCAUCGUCCCACGCAGAGGGAGACCAGGACACCCAUGUUUUCAGAUCUACAAAGAAGUAGCUCUGGCGAAAUCGUAAGGAGGCAGAAUCCGGCUGGUGCCAGUGAGACACUUGGGCGGGUUUCCAAGUGUAACACGUGCUUGAAGAGGGGGCAAUUAGUCAUGAAGGUAAGGGCCAAACAAAUAAAACAUCUGCAACAGAAAGCCAAGUUCCAGCCCAGAAGAAGCACAAACAAGGAAGACGGCAGCGUGUCCCAUGCUGUCUGGACACCCGCAGCCCGGGUAUAAAGGCCGCCCAGGGAAGGAGCCUCCAGACAUCACCGCCCUCCUCCCUGACUCCACUCCAGCCCCACGCCACCAUGAGCUUCACCAGCUGCUCCACGGGCUGCCAGGCGUCCUGCUGCACCCCCAGCUCCUGCCAGGCGUCCUGCUACGUGCCCGUGAGCUGCAAGCCCGCCGUGUAUGUGGUCCCCUCCUGCCAGUCCUCUGUUUGCCUGCCCGUGAGCUACAAGCCCCUUGUGUUCAUGGCCCCCUCCUGCCAGUCCUCCGGGGGCUGCCAGCCCUCCCACCCCACCCUGCUCUGCAGACCCAUCUCUUGUAGCACCCCGUCCUGCUUCUGA